AUGUAUUUCAUCCGCAACUCCAUGACCCGCGCACUGAGCGCAAAACAGUGCAACUCGACCGUUGCAAAACUCCAAGCCUCACGCAACACUCAGAAGCGAAAGUUCGCCACCUCACCAGGUGGAAUCGGAGAUAAUCGUGGGACACCAAUCUGGUUGUAUGGAAUGAUUGCGGCUGGAGCUGGCGGAAUUCUUUACCUGUGGAAAUGGGGAAAUCAGAAUGCAAAGGCUGCCGCCACGCAGAAUAUUCCGGACCAUCGUGGGGCAAAUUCAGAAUAUGUGAAGGAGUCUGAGGGUAAUUAG